AAAGGUUAAUAAUUUACUAAAGGAUCGAAAAGGUGAGUAUAUAUAUCGGCUAGCUGGAACGCAAUAAAAAGAAUUCUCCCGGAGCAAGUACCCGGUGACACCAUUUCUGAUCGAUCAUCAUCGUCUCCUGUCCCUUGCAUUAAAUAUCACCCACCUGUCUCCCAAACCCAUUAAAUUUUACCCCACCCACCCACUCUCUUUCUUUGCAUAAUAGUCCUAGUCAUUAAAUUUGGAGGUGGUCUAUCGACGUCCGUCCUAUAACUAAAACUGAUCGUAUCAUCCUUCUUCAAUUCAAUUCCAAAUCUAAUUAAGUACUAUAUGGCUCUUCCUCCUUGUUUCUUGAUAAUAGUACUACUUGUAUCUUCUGCUCUUUGCUAUCCCACAGUACUUGCUGCUAAUUACAAUAGCACUAGUGUCUUUGUGGACGCCGAUUGCUUGAAGGUUGACGGAUCUGAUUUUGUGGAUUCUGUCAAAUCUACCAUUCAAACGGUCCGAGACGUCAUCUCCAUCGUCUCCAAAUUCAGCGGUGCUUUUGGCGGGGAUUUCCGACUUUCUAAUGCCAUUGCUGACUGCCUUGAUCUCCUCGACUUCUCUGCUGAUGAACUCACAUGGACUCUCUCCGCCUCCCAGAACCCCACCGCUGGCAAAUAUAACAGCACCGGUAACAAAGGCGCUGAUAUGAGGACGUGGCUUGGCGGGGCAUUGGGUAAUCAAGACACCUGCAUGGAUGGAUUCGACGGUACAAACAGCUUUGUAAAGACGUUGGUAGCCGGUAGCCUUGAACAGGUCACCUCGUUAGUGAGUGAUAUCCUCGGGAUGGUACGCCAACUUCCGACAGCUAUUGCUCAUGAGGUUCCAUCUGGGAGGAGGAAGCUCCGGAGCAUUGAUGCUACUCCUGGAUGGCUAAAAUCAAAAGACAGGAAACUUCUCCAAGCCAACAUAGCAGCUGAUGUGGUAGUGGCGGCAGAUGGCAGCGGCAACUUCACAACGGUGAUGGAUGCCGUCUCUGCAGUCCCAGAUUACAACAGCCGCCGGUAUGUGAUCUAUGUAAAGAAAGGUAUAUACAGGGAGUAUGUGGAGAUCAGUAAGAAGAAAACCAACAUCAUGAUGAUUGGUGAUGGCAUGGACCUUACCAUAAUUUCCGGUAACCAUAGCUUCGUGGACGGUUGGACCACCUAUCGUUCUGCUACAUUUGCUGUGAAGGGUAAAGGGUUUAUAGCUCGAGAUAUGAGAUUUGAGAACACGGCAGGGCCUGAGAAGCACCAAGCCGUUGCAUUUCGAUCUGAUUCCGAUCUUUCAGUUGUUUUCCGGUGUGGUAUCACCGGCUACCAAGACACUCUGUAUGCUCACUCCAUGCGCCAAUUCUACAGAGAAUGUUUGAUCACCGGCACGGUUGAUUUCAUAUUUGGAGACGGAGCUGUGGUGUUCCAGAAUUGUCAAAUCUUAGCCAGGAAAGGCCUUCCAAAUCAAAAGAACACCAUUACAGCCCAGGGCCGAAAGGAACCAACUCAGCCCUCAGGCUUUUCUAUCCAAUUUUCCAAUAUAUCCGUGGAACCUGAUUUGAUUAAUUCCAGUAUAUCCACAUACCUUGGACGCCCAUGGAAGCUAUAUUCUCGGACCAUCUUCAUGCAAUCAUACAUGAGUGGUCUUAUUAGGCCUGAAGGCUGGCUCGAAUGGAACGGUGAUUUCGCUUUGGAUACUCUUUACUAUGGGGAGUACAUGAACUAUGGUCCAGGGGCUGGCUUAGGAGGUCGCAUCACUUGGCCUGGUCUUCAUGCCAUCAAUGACUCCACCCAGGCCAACAACUUCACUGUGGCAGAAUUCCUGUUAGGAAACUCAUGGUUGCCAUCCACUGGAGUCAAGUAUACAGCAGGAUUGGGGGUUUGA